AUGAAGAGACAUUGUGUACCAAGACAAUGUUUGUUAACAUUCUUGUUUUGCUUUUUUGCAUUUUUGGUGCGUUUGAGAAGUGAUCAAGAUGUGGAUAAAAGUAGCAUUGCUCAAGCUCCAACAAGUGUCAACAAUUCCUACAAUAUUACUCAUGAUGAUAAAAAGGCCACGAAUCGCGGAGGUGGAGGAGGUAGCGGUGGUGGUGGGCGCGGGUGGGGUGGUGGUGGAGGAGGAGGUGGUGGUGGUGGCGGGGGUGGUAGUGGGGGUGGGGGUGGGGGUGGGGGUAUGGGAGGUAGUGGUGGAUGGGGUUGGGGAGGAGGUGGGGGUGGGUGGUGGUCAUGGGGAUGUAGGAAAGAAAAGAAACAUAAUAGUGGAAGAUAUCAGCAUAGACAUUGGCAUAUGAACAAUAAUCAAGAUUACAAGAUAGGUGAAUAUGCACAAUGCAUGGUUAAAGGAAGAUGCAAAGGGAUGCGUUUGGAUUGUCCUCUUCAUUGUGGUGGACCUUGUUAUUACGAUUGUAUACAUAUGUGCAAAGCUCAUUGUCGUCGCCGCUAAAGGCCAACAUAGCUUCCUAUUCUACGUUUUUUCCGUUCUUUUUAUUAUAGAGAUAUUAUUGGAAUUUGGAAUUUGGAACUUGAAGUAAUGUAAGUUUUGUCCUGAUACUACAUUGACUAGUAAUUAAGUGGAAGGAAAAUUGCUAGGCUCAUUGGCAUUGGGUUGUAAAAUAGUACUAGGAUAUUGUGUUUUGCUAUAUGGUUUUAGCCUUAUAAAUUUGAGGGCCAAAAGUUUUCUUUUAGUUUGGUUGAUUUCUUUUAGCCGCACCUGUUGGCAAAUGGGUUUGCUUUCUAGGAACACAACUUUUCUGUUUGUGUGCAUAAACCUUUUCAAGCAAAUGAAUAAUGUCAUGUGACGUUUGAAAA